AUGGAGGCGUGGUGCCAACCGGAUGCUGUACCGUCCCCGUCAUGCGCCAGAUGGCGUAACAGCGUGCUGAGCCACCAAUUUAGCCUCCCUCUGGAGCAGAAGUCGCUGCGCCGCCAUAGCUCUAAGUCCCUCGAGGCUAGAGAAAGGUUUUACGAGGUAUUUGAGCUCCCCUACGUCCCCUUGCGUCGCAACAAUUCCGCUGGGGCCCUUCAGCUGCGCUUCCGUUAA